AGAGAGAGAGAGUGUGUGUGAGCCUGUAACGCCGGGAUGUUCAUGAUCAUUCGAGAGACGCCCGCCGCAGGAGGCGGUGCUGGAGCGAUGAGCGCGCCAUCUGAGAGGAGUGCAAAGCAGGUGCAGGCCGCCAUCAAGAAGAAGAUGGAGAAGCAGAAGAAGCGAGCCUCUGGGCAGGGAGACGGUCUGGGCAUUCCCUCCGCGACGCCUCAGCCCCCUCGCCAUCAGAGACCCGGUCCGGCCCUGCAGGCGACAGCGGCGGUCCCCGAGGACACAGAGUCCCUGGAGGAGACGCUGGAGGAGAUGAUGGACGGGCCCCAGAGGAGAGAGAGGGAGAUGGAGGAGGUGGAGCCUGUUGACCUGCUGCCUAUAGUGGACUCUGUGUUUGGACAGGACAGAGAGCUGAGACCAGAGGAGAUCGAAGAGCUCCGUGAGGCGUUUGUGGAGUUUGACAGGAACAAGAAAGGCUACAUCAGUCACAAAGACCUGGGGGAGUGCAUGAGGACCAUGGGAUACAUGCCAACAGAGAUGGAGCUCAUCGAGCUGAGCCAGCAGAUCUGUGGAGGUAAAGUGGACUUUGAGGACUUCGUGGAGCUGAUGGGACCCAAGAUGCUGGCAGAGACAGCGGACAUGAUCGGAGUCAAAGAGCUGCGAGAUGCUUUCAAAGAGUUUGACUCUAACGGUGACGGUCAGAUCAGUCUGACUGAGCUGCGGGAGGCCAUGAAGAAGCUGAUGGGAGAACAGGUGACCAACAGAGAGAUCAACGAGAUCCUCCGAGACGUCGACCUCAACGGAGACGGUCUGGUGGACUUUGAGGAGUUUGUGCGGAUGAUGUCUCGCUGACCGGCCCAGCUGCCCAACAACCCGUCAGACCGACACACAGAGAUUAUGCAACUGCUUGAUUAGUUAGCAGAUUAGAGCACUUAUCUGAAAUUGUAUUUUUUUUAUAUUAAAUCUAAAAAAGAGAAAAAAAAAAGUUUUAAGUAGACAAAUAGACACAACUAUACACAUCUGAUCUGAGGUGCAACUCAAAGUAUUUUAACAGCUGCAAAACAUAUCAAACGCUUCAUAGAAAAGAAACAUUCACAACUGUGUUUUUCAGAUGUAUUUUUAUAUAAUCAGUGUUUGCUCUUUGAGUGUAAAAUCUUGUUUGUAAAUCUGUAAAAAAAAAAAAAAGACUUUUUUA